GGCGGCAUGGAUUACGAAAAUUGCGUUACGAACAGCGAGUAAGUUUAUUAUUCACGCUGUUCGUCCUCUUAUUUUGAUAUCUUUUUGACAAUGAUAAUCCGUCGCGCGUUUUAGUGCUACUGUUGAUCUUAUAACGUUAAAACCAAAAUGUGUACGCUGUGGGGUACACAAUACAGAGCCGCGAUUGCUCUUCGAAACCAAGAAUUAUUAAGAAUCCAACUACAGCCAGCUUGAAAAGAGGCACGGGAGGCCGUAGCUCCUUUAACGGGAUAGUAUGCACAGUUUUUGGAUGCACUGGCUUUAUUGGGCCAUAUGUAUGUAACCACCUUGGGAAAAUGGGUACGCAGCUAAUUCUUCCACACAGAUGCACACGUUAUCUUGCUCUGCCUCUGAAAUUGUGUGGAGAUCUUGGGCAGGUUUUGUUUCAUCCUUUUCAUUUGAGAGAUGAAGAGUCCAUAAUCAGGAGUAUGAAAUACUCUAAUGUUGUGAUUAAUUUAGUUGGCCGAGAUUAUCCAACCAAGAAUUUUAGUAUGUCGGAUGUAAACGUAGAAGGAUGUAGAACUUUGGCUAGACUUGCUAAGCAGUGUAAUGUGGAACGUUUCAUUCAUAUGUCAAGUUUGAAUGUAGAGAAUCCUACACCAAUGAUUCUACCUGGGGGUUCUGAAGUUCUUAAAACAAAAUGGCAAGGAGAAUGUGCAGUGAAAGAAGAAUUUCCAGAAGCUACUAUUAUUAGACCAUCGGUCGUAUAUGGACAAGAGGAUCAUUUUAUGACCUAUUAUUUGAGUGCUAUAAGAAGAACAUGGAGGAAUAUACCAUUGUGGAAAAAAGGAAAAGAAACAGAAAAACAACCAGUACAUGUUUCCGAUGUAGCUGCUGGUAUUGCUGCUAUUGCAACAAAUCCUCGUACUGCUGGCAAAACUUACCAGUUUGUUGGGCCAAGGCGAUACACAUUAGAGACUCUAAUUAGGUGGUUCUAUGAUAUAGCAUGUCAUGGAUAUGAAGAUGUAGGUUACGAUGUAAGUGAGUUAAAGACAAAUCUCCUCUUCCGACUACAAGUUGCUGCGAAUGGUGCUGUACAUCACGUAUUUCCUCUUUCGCGUUUAACUUGGGAUAUAUUAGAAAGAGAUCAUACUAGCGACAAAGUAAUACCAUCAUUACCAACUUUAGAAGAUCUAGGCAUAGUACCAAUCAACAUGGAAUCCCAAAUACCUUGGGAAGUGAGACCAUAUAAAUUCUACGACUUCUAUACCGAAGAAUUGGGAGAAAUUAUACAACCUAAACCACCACAAACUGUUCCCUUGCGUUGAAAUUUUUAUUAUCAAUUGAGAUUAGUGUAAAAACUGAAUGUGCUCUAUUGAAAUAAAGAGUACACUGUUCUAAA